AUGCAUGAUGCCGACCCUCUUACAGGAUUCGAAGUGGUGGAAGGAGCCCUUCCAGGUCUCACCAAGAUUCAAACCGUUCCGUUCCGAGACCUGGUUAUACGAUGGACGGAACCGCACCAAAACCUGGUAUGGGAAUCCUUAGAGGACUACGCUCAGAUGCUUUGCACUAUAGAACUGGCUCAGAACGAUGUGCAAUUAAACCCCUUAGAUGGGAGUUCUUACUACUCCCUCCGCUAUACAUUCCUGAUGCACACCUACGAAGUCACACUCGGUAUCUUGCAGAUCAUCCAGGCUAUCGAUCACUUAAUGGCGCGAUCACAUCAUCAUUCUUUCAGCAUUGAUAAGGGCUUCGUCAUCCUCAAACAACUCGCUAUGGGAGACGACGACAAUCAUAUCCAACUCUCGUUUUACACCUUACAGACUCGGUGUAAAGGUGCAGUGAACCAUAUUCGACAAGCAUUUAAUGAUUUAAAAACGACAUUCAGCCAGUAUAAUAACACUUUGACUAAUUACUCCUAUAACUCUACACUAUCGGACAUCCGCUCAAACUAUCACUAG